AUGUUUCCGACUCUCGCUCUCGUGGCCCUGUUGGUUGGCAAGAUCCACUGCCAGCUUGAAGCACCCGUCCCAGGAUACGGCGUCUUCAUUCCUAGUUGGACCGUGCAGUUGAGUCCUGGAAGCGAGCCCGUGACCAUCAACGGGACGGUUGAAGACGUCGUGAGCGAGAUCAAAAAAGUGAACCCUCACUGGAUCGCACUGGAAGGCGCGACAGACUCCUCCGAGCCGUCGUCGUCGGCGACGAGGAGGAAGAAGCGGGCCGACUUCUCAGGUGGCGACGUUGAGUGCCUUGAUAGCUCACAUGGCUAUGGCCAUGCCAUCAAGCGAAGAAUUCAGCAAGGAAUCAGGUACCUGCACGGCGUUCAUGGUAGGCCGCAUCAUGAGGCCGGUCCAGAAGAAUGCGGUCGCGUCAGCUGCUCAUACAACUCUGCCAUUUGGUGGUGCAACAACAAUCGCGACAGGCUUCAACUAUCCUCAUUUCAGGACAUUGCUGACGGCGCCCAACGCGUCUUGAACAUCUGCCCGGCGGAAUACCGCGUAACCCACGGCGACAGCGUCGCAGGUGCGGCCUAUCACCCCAGGAACAACUGGCUCGUUAUCGUAAGGAAAAAUGAAUGCUAA